UUAUCACUUAUCUGAGAAUCACUUAUCUGAGUGGGUUCGGUGGAACCAAAGCGUGCUUCCUCUUGCUCCUAUCCUAAGUCCUAAUUCAGCAUCGUGCUGUUCCAAUUCGAAACUCAUAUAUAUAAAUACAGAUCCCAACUCAAAAGCCAAAUCACAAUUCCACAGAACAAUAGUAAGUCCUAUCAGUUUCCACGUAAGUCUCCAAAAUCAGAAACACUCGAAGCUUUUCAAUGGAGAUAGAUGGCAACGUUCUCGCGGCCAAGUCGCUGGUCCGCUUCGGUGUGCAGCACAUGUUCGGCGUGGUGGGGAUUCCGGUGACGUCGCUGGCCAACCGCGCCGUCUCGCUCGGUGUCAGAUUCAUUGCUUUUCACAACGAGCAGUCCGCGGGCUACGCCGCCUCCGCCUACGGCUACCUCACCGGCCGCCCCGGCGUGUUCCUCACCGUCUCCGGCCCCGGCUGCGUCCACGGCCUCGCCGGCCUCUCCAACGCCUCCGUCAACACCUGGCCCACCGUCAUGAUCUCCGGCUCCUGCGACCAAAACGACGUCGGCCGCGGCGAUUUUCAAGAACUCAACCAGAUCGAAGCCACCAAACCCUUCACCAAACUCUCCGUCAAAGCCUCGCAUAUCUCCGAAAUCCCGGCCCGCGUGGCCCAGGUUCUCGAUUGGGCCCAAUCGGCCCGGCCCGGUGGCUGCUACUUAGAUCUCCCCACCGACGUCUUACAUCAAAAAAUCUCCGAGUCCGAAGCAGAGAAACUCUUAUCCGAAGCAGAAAAUAACCGUUCGAUUUCCAAUCCUAAACCCGAACCUCCUCUUUUCAAUUCAAAGAUUGAACAAGCGGUUUCUCUUCUCAGACACGCGGAGAGGCCGUUGAUAGUGUUCGGAAAAGGAGCGGCGUAUGCACGUGCGGAGCACGUGCUUACGAAGCUGGUGAAUUCGACUGGGAUUCCGUUUCUCCCAACUCCGAUGGGUAAAGGAAUUUUACCAGAUAAUCACGAGCUUGCGGCUACUGCAGCAAGGUCACUCGCGAUUGGGAAGUGUGACGUGGCGCUUGUUGUUGGAGCGAGACUCAACUGGCUUCUACACUUCGGUGAGCCACCAAAAUGGUCGAAGGACGUGAAAUUCAUCUUGGUGGAUGUGAGUGAAGAGGAAAUUGAGCUGAGGAAGCCUCAUUUAGGGUUAAUUGGUGAUGCUAAGCACGUGAUUGAGGUUUUGAACAAGGAGAUUAAGGACGAUCCGUUUUGCUUGGGGAGCACGCAUCCCUGGGUGGAGGCGAUUUCGAACAAGGCGAAGGACAAUGUGGCGAAGAUGGAGGUUCAGCUGAAGAAGGACGUUGUGCCGUUUAAUUUCUUGACGCCCAUGAGGAUUAUAAGGGAUGCCAUUGCGGGUUUGGGGAGCCCUGCUCCCAUUGUGGUUUCGGAAGGGGCGAAUACCAUGGAUGUGGGAAGGUCUGUGUUGGUUCAGACUGAGCCCCGGACGAGGUUGGAUGCUGGCACGUGGGGGACCAUGGGGGUUGGUCUUGGUUACUGCAUUGCUGCUGCGGUUGCUGAGCCCGGGCGGCUCGUGGUUGCAGUUGAAGGAGAUUCUGGAUUUGGGUUUAGUGCUAUGGAAGUUGAGACGUUGGUACGGUACCAGCUGCCUGUGGUCGUGAUUGUUUUCAACAAUGGUGGCGUAUAUGGUGGUGACCGUAGACACCCAGAGGAGAUAGAUGGACCUCACAAAGAUGAUCCUGCCCCCACAGAUUUUGUCCCAAAUGCAGGAUACCAUGCUUUGAUAGAAGCUUUUGGUGGAAAGGGCUAUCUUGUUGGGACGCCUGAUGAACUAAAGUCUGCUCUUUCAGAAUCCUUCUCUGCUCGGAAACCAGCCGUAGUAAAUGUUGUGAUUGAUCCCUAUGCUGGUUCAGAGAGUGGGAGGAUGCAACAUAAGAAUUGAUUCCCAUUAGUUGCCUAAUGCUCUAUAACAUCCUUUCACAUCAUUUUCUUUUUGGUUUCAAAUAAUGCAAAUUGUACUCCUAUGGCUUUUUAUGCUUGAAUUAUCUGGUGCAGCAUAGCCAUCACGAAAUAUAUUUUUAACUUCAACAUAGUAAAUUCUCUUUACCAUAAGGGUUUCAGUAUCCUUCUUAUGUGGAUAAAUAGUAAUUUAACAUUUGUACCA